CGGAGGCGCCUGCAGCCGCACUCGCCAGCGACUCAUCUCUCCAGCGGGUUUUUUGUUUGCCGAGUGCGAUCCCCACACUCAUGAACAUACACAGGUCUACCCCCAUCACAAUAGCAAGAUAUGGGAGAUCGCGGAACAAAACCCAGGAUUUCGAAGAGUUGUCGUCUAUAAGGUCCGCCGAACCCAGCCAGAGUUUCAGCCCGAACCUCGGCUCCCCGAGCCCGCCCCGAGACUCCGAACUUGUCGCUAUUGCGUUUCUUGCAUCGGGAAUACUUAUUUAUUGUUGGAUCCUCCGAGGGAAGACCGUUUUUCGUGCCGUGCUCUGCACAGUGGGGAGGAGCUGGUGUGCAAGGUGUUUGAUAUCAGCUGCUACCAGGAAUCCCUGGCCCCGUGCUUUUGCCUGGCUGCGCACAGCAACAUCAACCAAAUCACCGAAAUUAUCCUGGGGGAGACCAAAGCCUACGUGUUCUUUGAGCGAAGCUAUGGGGACAUGCAUUCGUUCGUCCGCACCUGCAAGAAGCUGAGGGAGGAGGAGGCGGCCAGACUGUUCUACCAGAUCGCCUCGGCUGUGGCCCACUGCCACGACGGGGGGCUGGUGCUGCGGGAUCUGAAACUGCGGAAAUUCAUCUUUAAGGACGAAGAAAGAACUCGGGUCAAGCUGGAAAGCCUGGAAGAUGCAUACAUUCUUCGGGGAGAUGAUGACUCCCUCUCUGACAAGCACGGCUGCCCUGCUUACGUGAGCCCAGAGAUCUUGAACACCAGUGGCAGCUACUCAGGCAAAGCAGCUGAUGUGUGGAGCCUGGGAGUGAUGCUCUACACCAUGUUGGUGGGGCGGUACCCUUUCCAUGACAUUGAGCCCAGUUCCCUCUUCAGCAAGAUCCGGCGUGGCCAGUUCAACAUUCCAGAGACUCUGUCGCCCAAGGCCAAGUGCCUCAUCCGAAGCAUCCUGCGGCGGGAGCCCUCAGAGCGGCUGACCUCGCAGGAAAUUCUGGACCAUCCUUGGUUUUCUACAGAUUUUAGCGUCUCGAAUUCAGGAUAUGGUGCUAAGGAAGUGUCUGAUCAGCUGGUGCCGGAUGUCAACAUGGAAGAGAACUUGGACCCUUUCUUUAACUGAGCUUGUGCCCCACAGAGACUUAGUAGGUACCAGGAGCGAGAGAGGGCAGUGGAGAGUCCUUCCAGGGGACACGUAUCGCCUGGCUUGGUAGCAAGAAAGACACUGACACUCAAGUUUCUCGGUUCAAAGAAGGAGAACCUUCAAGGAGCUGACUGAACAUGUAGCAUGGGGGCGAGAGAUGCGGGGUGGGAGUCUGGGGUUGGUUCAGCAGGGCAGGUGCCCCUGGAGCUUCUCUUCCCUGACAUAGCCCCCUGGAGACCACCCCCAUCAGUUGGGCUGCUUCUGCCUACCCCACUUUUCAUUUGUCCCAAAAUAGUUGCAGAUCCCGACAGAAUCAAAACUCUCUGCCUCAAACACACAUCUUGGCAUCGCACUGUUAGCUUUUAACUUCUUGUCACGAUUCAGGGAAGGUACAAUUGGCCAAGGAUUUUUUUUUUCUUUUUAAACAAGACAACCACCUGAUACUUAAUGCGGUUCAUUAAAAAAAAAAAAAAAAAUUCGGUGCACACAGACUGACCAGAAACCUGGGUGCUAAGCUAAAAGAAAAUAGAAGUCCAGUUUGUGUCUCCUUAAUUGCUCUUUUCAACUCAUUUCUUCUAAAUAAACUAUUUAAUAUCCUGGUCAGGAAAUAACAUGUUGAUGCUUUGCUCCCUGAAGGGGAAAAAAAAAAAUCUGUCCUUUAACAAGCUAUUCUGUUCUGUGUCCAUGGGUUUGUGACAGGAAGCUAUUAGAAGUCAAACUUCUAGAUGCAUUAACUGCUAUCGUAGUUUAAAGAAAGAAAAGAAAAAAAAAGGAAGGGAAAGGAAAAGAGAAAUUCACUCCCGAAUUUUUUUUCCUUCGAACGAUGAGGGCUGCCUCAUUGGGGGUCCUCUCUGCUGGGAUGGGGGCAACGGGGUGAGAUCAUGGGAGGUGCUUGGAGUCUGAAGCUUUUCCGACACUCUGGUCUCAGCUACACCUUUUGUUUUUGUUUUAUUGGAAACUGGUGAAACCAAGCAGGUUGUCCCACAUGUAUGAAAUACAGGGCAGCUAUUUCCUUUUCUUUAGGAAGAAUGAUCCUUUUGGCUUGGAAGGCCCUCUGGUUUGGACAAAAACCCUCGGUAGAGACAAGCGGCAAGAAAAAUCAGCUGGAAGCUAGGAUGAUAUAAAUAAAAACAGCUCUCUCUUAUCCCAAUACGCACCUUUGUAUUUUCAAGAAUUCUUCUAUUUAUUAAGGAAAAUGUCACAUUGUGAUGUAUUAAGCCAGUACUUCAAUUACGGGUUGACUUGGGAUGACAUGUUACAUGCUGUAGUUAACAUCUAUAUAUUUUUUCUUGUUUGAGUAUUUCUGUCCCUGAAAUAACCUUUUGUUUGGCUUUUCUAGAUAGCUUUAUUUGAUUUCGAGUGGCAAAUGUUUGUUUUUGUUUUUGUUUUUGUUUUUUAUUAUGGCUUUUCUAUUUGCUGUAUGAUACAGAACUCUUUUGGCAUAAAUAUUUGUGUUUCCAGUACCUCAGUUGUUUGGAUUUUACUGCCUGUAUGCGUUUUGUGAAAUGGUUAUGUUUUUGGGUAGGUAACACGUGGACUCUAGUAUGUAAAUGUUACUUGAAUCUGUGCUUCAUUAUAGUAUGUGGCAUGUGUGUGCAGAUCUUGGAUGCUUUAUGCCUGCUCAGCAGGAGCCCGGCCUUCACAUUCCCAGGAGGGCGGCUUAACCGUUCAUAGUCAGGAGACAAGGCGGCCAUGGAUUUGCCCCUGAUUCUAUUUUGAUAAUGGAAGAUACAAAGGAGAGAGUUUUUUGGUUUUGGGUUUUUUUGUUUGUUGUUUGUUGUUUUUUUGUUUUUUGUUAUACAUUCUGAAGAUGGUGCUGUGUCAAGAAGGACCCGUUUUUUCUUCCCCGGCCCCUAUCUUUUCAGUACCCCGUAGGAGGAAAGACUGGUGAUGUGCAUGGUGGGAAUCUAUGGCCUCUGGUGCUUUGUCCUGUAUUUGGUUUAAUGUUUUUGUCCUAAUCUCUUCAAUCAAUAAAAUUGUGCGUAUUUAA